GUCUUUCACUCGGAACUGAACAACACACACCAAACAGGGCUUUCAAAAUAAAUGACAGCCUGAUGUCACCUUUUGCAUGACCUCUCUCCCUCUAUCUCUGUCCUAGCUCCCAAUUCCCUGUCCUCUGCUUCUGUCUUCCCCUUCUCACUGAUCUCUCCAUCUUCUCCACCUCCUCCACUGCCUGCCCCUUUCACCACCUGACCCCCAUCUCUCUGUCUCUCUCUAUCCCCUUUUCAUCCUUCCUGAACCACUCCUGUCUGUUAUCCUCUUUCUGGCCUGUCUGUUCCUUCUCCUUUAGGCCUCCCCUCUCUCCCCCAGCAACCCACAUUUUCCUGAAAAUCCAUUCCUUGCUUCCAACUAUUAGCUUCUAUUCCAUCUCUCUCUGGAAAAUUGUUUUCAGCAUUUUUUCUCCCACUGCCACCAAAUCCACGCACCCAUCCCUCCGCUCCCUCAACAUUCCCUCAGUUUAAAAAUCUCGUCUCUCCCUCCCUGCCUUUCGUUAUUCAUUAUUCAUUCGUUCUGACCCCCUUGUGCCAUCGCUCUCCUGUCCUCCUGCCUCUGUUCCCAGCCUUGUCUCCGACUCUGUCCUUCCUUAAAGAUCCGUCCUCUGACGCCGUCUAACUCCUUCUGUGCCCUUUAUACCAUCCUCUCCCUCUCCACACCCCAGUUUUAGCUUUGGCGAACCUCACAGAAGUAGCCAUGUGGUCCAAUUUCUUCAUGCAGGAAGAGGAGGGGAGGAUAGGAGCUGGGGGUAUGGGUCCGUCAGAUGCACGGGCCACGGCGAUGACGAUGCUGAAGGGGAGCCGCGGCGCGAAGCGAAGGGCGCAGGCCGCGUCCAAGAUGAGCGACAGCCAGGAGGGAAAAAUCAAGCUGGCUUUUUUCGUGGCCAUCGUGGGCGUGACUCUGACCGUCCUGGGCGUGGGCACCGAGUUCUGGGUGGAGCUGGCCCCGCCCAAGAGCUUCUACAACAACCAGACGUGUCUGACCGCUCACUACGGCCUGUGGAAAGGUUGCUUGCGGACGCUGUGGGUGUCAGACAUCGACCCGGAGAGGGAGAGCUGUGGGCCUGCCGAUCUGCCUGGAGAAUCGAAUUGCACGUACUUCAAGUUCUUUACUUCUGGAGAAAAUGCAGUCAUUUUUAAUAAGACCACAACAAAAAACCUGAACAUUGCAGCAGCCGUCCUAGCCCUCCUAAGUCUCUGCAUGAUGGUCACAGGAUCCAUAUGCAUCUCCAUGUCCCUCAGCAAAGGGGUGCCGUUCUUUCUGAAGCCUGCGUCUUUCUGCUUCAUCCUUUCAGGUAUUUUGGUCUUUCUGUCUCUUAUAGUCUUCCACCAGUCGGUUCUCUCCCUGUUGGCCAGCGACCAUUCUGUCCCACUGCACCAUGACCUCGCUUGGUCAGUAGCUUGUGUUGGGUCAGCAGGAGCCAUAGUAAUCUUGGCGGGAGUCAUCUUCAUCAUACUCUCUCUCCCGUACAGUCCAUGGGAAAAGUGCCUGCCUCACAAUCGCAGUGCCACCUAGCUGCUUGGAAUGUACUUUCAUGUGUUUUAUGUUGUGUCAUAUUAUUAAUUAGGAAAUAGAUUGACGUACUGACAGACUGACUGAUAGUGAUACACUAUAUUCACUUAUAGAGAAACAGACACAAUCACCUACAAUAGCUUUAUUGUAUAUAUAUAUAAGGGACUGGGAAAACCUAAGCAUAGUAUACAUUAUAUUAGACUUGUGAUGUUUAAUUUCUGUCAUGCAUUUUACGAACAGUGUUGUAUAACCAGAGGCACUUCUAAGAUUGUGGUGUUUACUGCAUCAUAAUGCUACUGCCUGGCAACAAGAGGUGCCAGUCAAUCAAAAUGUAAUUAUAACUGGGGAGAAUAAAAAUAAAAACCAUUUGUAUUAGGCAUUUUUAUUAGGCGCACAUACAAUUUAUAACUUAUUUGUCAUGGUGUUAUCUAUUGGGUUACAGGCCCAAUAAUCAUUUAAAUUGUAAUGACUUAGUGAAGAACCUGGCCUCUAAUGGCCCUUUCUGAUGACACAUCUGCCUCUGCUGUAGUUCUUGUCAUCGUGCAGAGUGAUUUUGUGCACCACACUCUGCACUACACAGGCAUUAAACUCUGAAUCAUAAGCCACAGGUGGCUAACCUUCGUUCUAGAAAGCUAAUAUCUUCCGUUUUUUUGUUGUUUUUUUUUGUUGUUUUUUUUUUGGUUGGUCCAACAUUUUACAUAGUCAGUCCAAAUAUCCGUAUGGUCACAGUAUUAAUAAUAAAUCAUUAGACCAGAGAGAAAUUGCCAAGGAUUUCAGCUCUCCAAGAGAAGGGUUGGCCAUUCCUGCUAUUGCACAACGCUUUCUAAAACUGACAGUGACAAAUACAGACAGCUAUGAACUGUAGACUGACAGAAACUCUCAUAGUAAUUCAAGAUGACCUGUACCAAAGCCUUAAUAUGAAGAAGAACAUAUGCCUUGCGCAAAAUGUUUAUUAUAUAUCAUGUACACAUUUUGUUCAGUACAGUGCCAUGAACAUUCUGUGUGCGUAAAAUGUAUUAAAAUACAGUAUUAUAUUUGGCGGAGUACUGAAGAACUCACUUUGCAAGCACAACUCUGUAUAUACAAAUAUAUAUAUAUGUUUAUAUUUUACUGAGAAGUGUGACUGUGGGGGGUGGGACUGAGGGAAAUCUUACAUAAUGUGUCCCAAAUCCACCCCAAUUUUAUUUGCAAUAUAUCCAAGUGCUUUUUCAUUUGUGAUGUCAUGUUCUCUAACUCUCUAGAGAAUGAAUCGCGAAAAUAUAUUAGCAAAAUGUUCUGUUUCUAUCUCUCUAUGUAUUUGUGUUUCUCUGGGUUGAACUGUGAUUUCAUCUAUAAAUGAAAGUGUUUAACAUACAGCAAGAAACUUUUGAGCAGGUUGGUGUUUUUAUGUUUUUAUGCUAAAAAUGGUAAACUAAUAAUAGUUUGAACUGUCUGUGUCCUCAUUGUCUGAGUUCACGUUUUGACACCUUUCCAAUAUAUAAAACUGAUCAUAUCAUUAAAAUUCACAUACUCUUUCAA